AUGCUUUUCCAAGCUAUCGUUCUUAGCCUCGCCGCCACGGCUGCAGCCAUCGACCUUCGCUUCUUUGUGAACCGUGAAGGACGCUGUUACGAAGGUCCAUUCAUUGGCUUUGCAAACAUCAACCCAGGAGUAUGCUGCCGACCCACCAGUGGUAACGCGGCGGAUGGCUUCUUCGCAACUGUUGGUAUUCACGAAAUCCCUAGUGGAUGGACCAUCGUAGGCUUUGGAUAUCGCAACGAUCAGUGUCGCGACCCAUUAAACCAGUUCAUUCGAGGCGAAGGUGAUGGCUCAGAUCUGUGCCUUUAUCACACUGGUCAUAGCUUCAUGAGUGCAAAGUAUGGAUUCUACGAGAAGAGUAAGAGAAGCGUUGAAGAGAUGGAGUGUAAGGAGAAGUUUAAGGCUACUGAAAAUCGUGAGAACCCUUCUCUAUACCAUGGCUUUGAAGGCACUGGUAAAAUGCUAGCUAUUUAA